AUGGUUGCCUCUAAACUGUCACUCGCGUUCAGUGAUUCAGUUGUGAAGAGGGCGUUGCAAUCGCUAGUAUGUACCGCUCCUGUGUCUCGGAGAAGCCCUCCUGCGAGUGAGAAGACUAGCAUCUAUAGGGCGCGGUCUUCUGAGGAGCUCGACCUAAAGAAGUGUGACUGGGUGAAGAAGGAUCUGGCCCAUAGGAGUGUGAUCGGUCUAUGGGCCAUCAAAUGGAUCAUGCGUGAAGUGCUCCUGCGAGUAAGAAGGGCAGCGUCCAUAUGGCGCUGCCUUCUACGAGGUCUGGUAGCAGAGCCCAUUGACAGAGUCCUGGUGAUGCAGUCCCUGGCGCGAGGUAAUGCCGUGUGGGCAAUGUGA